AUGGUUAAUCAAAUUGCCGGUUCCAAGGCCCUCCUUUUGGGCUCAGGCUUCGUUACCAAGCCCACUGUUGAGGUUCUCAGCAAUGCCGGUGUCGAAGUCACUGUCGCUUGCCGUACCCUCGAGAGCGCUAAGGCUCUGGCUGGUGGGUUCAAGAACACCAAGGCUAUCUCCCUUGAUGUCAACGAUGACGCCGCUCUCGAUGCCGCCCUCGAGAAGGCCGACGUUGUGAUCUCGCUCAUUCCCUACACUUUCCACGCCACGGUUAUCAAGGGUGCUAUCCGCACCAAGACCAAUGUUGUGACUACCUCAUAUGUCUCACCCGCUAUGAUGGAGCUUGAUGAGGAGUGCAAGAAGGCCGGUAUCACGGUCAUGAACGAGAUUGGUCUCGACCCCGGUAUUGACCACCUCUAUGCUGUUAAGACUAUUGACGAGGUCCACGCUGCUGGCGGCAAGAUUACCGGUUUCGUUUCCUUCUGUGGAGGCUUGCCCGCCCCCGAGUGCUCCAACAACCCCCUCGGAUACAAGUUCUCUUGGUCUAGCCGCGGUGUCCUCCUUGCCCUGCGCAACGCCGCCAAGAUCUACCGUGAUGGCGAGAUCGUCAGCAUCGACGGCCCCGACCUGAUGGCCACCGCCAAGCCCUUCUUCAUCUACCCCGGCUUCGCCUUCGUCGGCUACCCCAACCGCGACUCCACCCCCUUCCGCGAGCGCUACAACAUCCCCGAAGCCCAGACCGUGAUCCGCGGCACCCUCCGCUACCAAGGCUUCCCGGAGAUGAUCAAGGUCCUCGUCGACAUCGGCUUCCUCGACGACACACCCAACAGCAUCUUCGACAAGGCCACUUCCUGGAAGGAGGCCACCAAGCAGGUCCUCGGCGCCACCUCCUCCUCCGAAAAGGAUCUGGAGUCCGCCAUCGCCUCCAAGACCAAGUUCCCCAGCAACGACGAGCGCGAGCGUCUCAUCUCCGGCCUCCGCUGGAUCGGUCUCUUCUCCGACGAGCAGACCACCCCCCGCGGAAACGCCCUCGAUACCCUCUGCGCUACCCUCGAGCAGAAGAUGCAGUACGGCCCUGGCGAGCGCGAUCUGGUCAUGCUCCAGCACAAGUUCGAGAUCGAGAACAAGGAUGGCUCGAAGGAGACCCGUACUUCCACCCUGUGCGAUUACGGUAACCCUAACGGAUACAGCGCAAUGGCCCGCACUGUUGGUAUUCCUUGCGGUGUUGCUGUUAAGCAGGUUCUUGAUGGUACUAUCAGCAAGAAGGGUGUUAUCGCUCCUAUGACUAUGGAUAUCUGCGGUCCUCUUAUCAAGGCCCUCAAGGAGGACUAUGGUAUUGAGCUUAUUGAGCGCACUCUGUAA